UAGCUAGCUGGAAUCAAUUCAGUUUGCCAAGAUGCAUAGAUCAAUGUCCUUCACGGUGUUUACCCUGCUUCUUCUGUGGCUUGUCCAUCCGUCUUCAGAAAAGGCUUAUUCAAAAGCUGAAAGACGACAACUUAUUGAUGAAAUACAGAGAGAUUUGGAAAGAUAUGAGUUUGUCAAGAGUGAAAAUCAGGAAGAUGACAAGAAAGAAGACAACAGUGAGGAAAACACUAAAGUUUUGGAUGAUGAGGAUGUCGAUCCCGAUGAUCCAGAUAUGCGACUAUUACUGAGCAUGGGAGUCGUUGAGGACGGUGUUGUUAAACAUCCCAAAGGACUACACCCUGAUGAUUCAAAAAAGGUCAAAGCUGAGAACUUGGACAGAACAAUUGAGACCGAGGAAGAAAGAAAAAAAGAAGGGGAGCCUGGAAAACAGAAACGCAAGAAAAGAAACUUUGGACCGAAUUGGCCAAACUGGCCCAAGGGGAUAGUUCCGUAUGUGUUUGAUUCCAGUCUGUUUGCCAACAGAAAGUAUUUCCUUCAAGCGGCGGAUCUUUUCCAUAAACUAACUUGUAUUCGAUGGAAGCCGAGAUCGUCGAAAGUGGAAGCUGAAGUCGGACAUCGAGGAUACACUUUAGUUAGAAAUCACACAAGCUGUAGUUCUGGUGUUGGUUUUGGGGGUGACGGUGAGCAUAUCGUGAACUUGAUGGAGCCAGGCUGUGGAUCGGUUGGGAUAGCAGCUCAUGAAAUGUUACAUCGACUAGGACAAAGGCAUGAACAAAGUCGUAGUGAUCGGGAUCGGUAUGUACAAAUUAGAUGGGACCGGAUCAAUCCUGACUUCCAAUACAACUAUUAUCGACGAUUAACGUACAACAGAAACCCGUAUGACAUCGGGAGUGUAAUGCAAUAUGGAUAUGGAACAGGGGGAGCCAUUGAAUUGAGGGAUAAAAAUUUGCUUUAUUUGGAAUUUCCAGGAAACGAAGUGUUGUCUUUCUACGAUAUCAAGGAUGUCUUAGAUCAAUACGACUGCACAGCUCAUUGCACGUCUCCACCAAAAUGUCAAAACGAAGGCUAUGUCAAUGUAGAAUGCAAGUGUGCAUGCCCUGAAGGGUUUACUGGGACAUUUUGUGAAACAAUAAUCACAGACCCUGAUUGUGGUGGAUUUAUACACCUUAAACAAAACGACCCUUCCCUAGAACGAGAUAGAGAUAUCAGUGUCAUAUCGCCAAAUUACCCGGGGCCAGUUGGCCAGGGAAAAAUCUGUAGAUGGGCAAUAACGGCACCUGCUGGCUACAUUAUCAAGAUGACGAUAGAUGACCUCCACAUGUCCUAUAACCCGGAUACACUCCGUUGUUACCACUGGCUGGAGAUUCAGUACAACCUGCCUGGCCAGCCAGGAGUCAGGCGUUGUGGUGAUAUUGUCGGUGAAACUUUCCUAACAUCAGUGGACUCUCCAAAUUUUAUGAUUGUAACAAUGGAUACGAAAUUCGCUGGACACAAAGCCUCACACAAAGGAUUUAAGCUUCACUUUGAAAAAGAAAAAGAAGCUUGCAGAGACAACACGUGUCUGUACGGUGUGUGUGUUCCAAGUGAAGCUAAGGCUUGUCAGUAUAAGUGUGUCUGUCAGUCCGGUUACACAGGAGAGAAGUGUGAUCAAGUUAUUGAGGAUGCAAAACUGAAAUGCACAUUUGAAAGAUUCGAGAGAUGUUUCUUUGACAAUGUACAGCAAGGAGAUGACUUUGAAUGGGGCCAGGGCUUUAGACAUACUAUCUCAAACGAGACGGGUCCAGAGGACGCUUUUAGGGGAGAACGUUUUCUGUUUACCGAAAUGUCGUUACCCAGAGUUCCUGGCGACAAAGCCAUUUUACAGACAACUGUUCCCCUUCCAGCCAAAGCUGGUUGCCUUUCAUUUGCAUACAAUAUGUUUGGUCGCACCGUCAAUAAGCUGUCGUUAUACGCCGAGGGACCAGGCUCUGGCAGAGAAGUUCUGUGGUCAAAGGAAGGUAACCAAGGAUCCGAUUGGUUGACGGCGACAGUGGAUGUCACGGCGACCGAAGGAAUGAAGCUGUCAUUUGAGGCCAUAACCGGAGAGUCCUGGGACAGUGACGUUGCAUUAGAUGAGAUCACGUGGGAAGUUGGUUCAUGUAGAGAUGACAUAUUCAGUGAUUGUGUGGUAGCUGGAAAAGAAUAUACAGGGACACGUGACUACACUUGGAAGGGUGUGACUUGCCAAGCCUGGUCCUCUGACACCCCUCAUCAGAAAACCCCAAAGUACUCCUACCUCGCAUCGGAGUCGAACUACUGCCGUAUAGCUGACGAGCCCAGCCCGUGGUGUUACACAAUGGACAAUGGUACUCGGUGGGACUGGUGCAGUGUACCGUACUGCUUUGCAACAGAGUGCACCUAUACUCUUACUGGUGAGGAGUAUACGGGAACUGUCAGCCACACUAAUACAGGUAUUCCUUGUCAGCGAUGGGACUCUCAAACUCCCCACAAACACAACUCAGAUCACCUGUUUAAAGAUGAAAAUUACUGUAGGAACACGGACAAUAGUGCUGGACCAUGGUGUUACACCAUGGACCCUGAUAUACGCUGGGAGCUCUGCGAUGUACCAAAAUGUGAAAAGAUCGAGCGAGAAUGUCUAAUGACAGGAAGGGGACUGGACUAUUUUGGAAAAAAAAGCGUUUCUCAGAGCGGAAAAACCUGUCUCUCUUGGGCAAGUUCAUAUCUGUCUGUAUCGAUGGAACAUGAUGCUAACUUCUGCAGAAAUCCUGACUACUCGUCUAAACCAUGGUGUUACGUUCAAGGAGAGACCGGGCCUGAAAAAGAACACUGUGACAUCCCGUCUUGUGCUGAUUCUCAAUGCUUUCCAAAUCCUUGCAAAAACAGAGGACAGUGCACUGUAGAGGGAACCUCUUUUUCCUGCUCUUGUUUGCAUGGAUUCUCAGGCAAUAACUGCGAGAUACAAGCAAUUGAAUCUGCUGAAGGAGAUUGCAAAAGAUCGAGUUCAGGUUACGAUUAUACAGGAAAGGUCCACAUCACACAGUCCGGGAGAACAUGUCAGGCAUGGAGUUCGCAGACUCCGCAUUCACACUCCCUGACCAGUCUCCCAGAAAACUAUUGCAGGAACCCAGAUGGUGAGCCCGCCCCUUGGUGCUACACUACAGAUCCAUACAAGCGAUGGGAAAUCUGCAACAUUUCAGAUUGUGGAACACCUGCAUUGGAAUGCCUUCCAACCAACGACCCCAAGGGCAAGAAAUACUUUGGAACUAUGACUGUGACAUUGACCGGGGACCCGUGUCAGCGCUGGGACUCCCAAACACCACAUACACACCGAUCUCGAGGCUCGACGAAGGGCGAAGAUAGUGAGAGAGAAAUUGAAGAUACGAACACAGUUUCAAUUAACCAAAAUGCAGUUCCCCCUAUCCUGGUUCCAAAGUAUUCAAACGUGUAUCAGAAUGUUAACAUAGAAUUUAACCAAGGUCCAUUGAGUACAACGACGGCAACUAUAGAAAUCCAGGAUAAAACACCAUUGGGCGUGGAUCCUGACAUUUCAAUGGAGGAGGAUAUUGACAUCGAUGACAAAAUACAUGAUGAAAAUCCUUAUGGAAAUUUACCCGCGAGCAACAAGCAAAUUCCUGACAUCUCUUUGAGAAACUUGGAAAACGAAAUUCUAGAAAAAUCGAAAGAGGAAAAUGAUGGCUUUAAGAAAGAAUAUGCGACUUUACAAUACGGAGAGAGGUACCCUUGUGAAGUAGGAAAACUUCCAGAAAACCUGUCUAAAAAUCGAUUCAAAUAUAUAUUUCCAUACGACCAUUCAAGAGUGAUAUUGGCAAACAGAUCUCGGGACUAUAUAAACGCUAAUUAUAUUGAUGGUCUCAAGAAGAAAAAUCAGUUCAUUGCAUGUCAAGGACCUACACCUAACACACUUGUGGAUUUUUGGUCGAUGGUUUGGCAAGAAAGAGUAGACCAGAUUGUAAUGUUAACAAAUCUUAAGGAAGGAACAAGGACGAAGUGUGACCAAUAUUGGCCAAAUUUAGAAACAUCAAUGACUUUGGGCGACAACAGUGUACAUACAUUAGACGAAAAACAAUAUGCAAACUAUGUAAUUCGCAAAAUGAAAUUGACGAACCAAAAGCUUAAAUGCAGUAAAAUAAUAAUCCAGUACCAUUACACUGCGUGGCCGGAUCACAGUACACCGUAUCCACUCUGUCUUUUAUUUUUCCACGAUCAUGUGAUGAGAUCAAAAUGUAAAAGUCAAGAUGGCCCCACACUGGUUCAUUGCAGCGCUGGGAUUGGCAGAACAGGUACAUACAUAGCAAUAGAUGUACUUUUCGAAGCUGGAAAAAUAGAAAAUAAAAUCAAUAUCGCAGAAUUUGUCAAGAAAAUGAGAAGAAACAGGAUGAAUAUGGUUCAAACAUAUGAACAAUACAAGACUAUAUUUCUGACGCUCAAUGAAAUGUUUAAAGCACCCGCUGCGGCGCUAAAUACCAUGGCACUUCUUAAAAAACUGAAGCCGUCAAGUAAUAGAACAACUGCGAGUGAAUCUCCACUAAGAAAAGAGUUUCAGAAACUUCAGGCCAUUCGACCCCGUUAUACAGAAGCAGAUUACACGAUGGCAUCAGAAUGUGGGGAUUUCUCAUCAUCCAUUCGCCCCCUUGAUAAAUACAUCCUGUACCUGAUGCCAACUUUCCCGGAACGAGGAAACUACAUUAAUGCCAUAACCAUCCCUUCUACGACCAAACAGUUUGCGUUCAUCAUCACUAAGUACCCACAACCGGAGACCAUCGUAGAUUUCCUACGGCUGAUUAUUGAUUAUGACUCUGAAGUUGUUGUCUGUAUGGAACCUCUCAGCAGUAUUGAAUCUAAAAGCGACGAGACAUGGUCUGUCAAUAUAUCAGAUCCCACCAGCCUUCUGACGUUGGACAACUCAGAAACGGUCGCCAAAUUCCUUGCCCUAGUGUCGUUUGUCCAAAAGACGGAAACAAAGAAUCCGAUUAUCGUUAUCAGCAGGGAUGGAGCUGCUCUAUGCGGUGUGUUCUGUGCUCUAUACAACCUGAUACAACAACUGACAAUGGACGAGGAGAUAGACGUGUUUUCUGUGGUCAGACUCCUACAGACACGACGUCCGGAACUGUGCUCAACCUUGGAAGAAUAUACACUGAUCCAUGACAUCUUGAUGAGUUUUAUUCGCUCGCGAAUGGGAGAACACGUCUACUACAAUCAAUGAACGUACACCUUGGCAUUUUAUGACAAUGGCUUUGAAGAGAAGCGAUCUGAAACAAACUAUCCAAAGUCGAUCUACUCUAUAUGGAUAAAUUUUUUAUCUGAUCGGAGACCUGAGUUUGAUUUCAAACACCAUUUGAGAAAUAAGACGAAAAACACCUUUUGCGACUCGUGUUCA